AUGAAUAAGGAACUAUACGCUCCGUUAGAUGUUCAUGAAGUGCUUGCAGCCACUAAGGGAUUGAGUGUGGAGGCUAACAUUGUUGUUACCUUGUAUGAAUGUUUACAACAUGAAUCGGAGUGGACCUAUACGGGAAAGUGGGGAGUGUUGUAUUUUGGAAAGGACAUGAUCAAUAAUACCUUUCAACUCAUGAUGCUUAGUGUUGAGAGUAAGCAACUUAUUUGGAGUCAUGAGUGCUACGAAAAGUUUCAAAUGGAUGUCCUUAAUGAUCACUUUAUCAGCUUUGAAAGUGAUGAUAGAAUUAUUGGGUUAAAUUUGGAGAUGAAUAGCACGACAUCAGCCUCCAAGUUUGUGAGUAUCGUUAAUGGGCGUACGAAUUCUAGUAGUAGUAGUUGUGCCGGUAGCAGUCGGUCAUCAAGCCAAGAGAAUAUUUCUUCAUCCAACGGCAGUUCUUCCAAUCUCUCUCCAACCACCAAGCAGCAACAGCCCAAGAAGGCAAAAGGGAAUGAUGAGGCAAGAACCUCGAGUGUAUUUGGAGGGUUCGGAUCCAUGUUUAAGAAAGGAAUGGAUACGGUCGGGUCUAUGUUCAAAAAGAAGGAGGAGAAAGGAGCAGGAGACCAACAAGAUCAAGAUUUGAGAAGGCCAUUAAGGGAAUCCAUUCGUAUUGGUGAAGUUAAAAACUUUAAGAAUGUCGCCCAUGUUGGAAUCAAUCAAGACACUGGUAAAUUUGAAAUGACAGGUCUACCUCCAGAACUCAUGGAGAUGAUGGGAGGUUUGGGCCUCUCUCCAGAACAAGCUGAAGAUCCAGAAACGCAAAAGAAGCUUGUCAAAUACAUGCACAAAUACGAACGUAAAGUGGCCAAGGAACGAAUGAUGGAAGAGCAAUACCAAAUGGCACAAGAACAACAACAUCAAAUGGAGGAACCAUCCACACUGAUUCCCCCUCCACCACCAAUUUAUGGUGAGAGCGAUCCAAGUGACAGUGUGCCACUAACCGUACUUACUCCAUCUUACGAUGCUGAUGAUAGUUAUGUUUCUAUCCCUCCACCUCCCCCAUUACCACAAGGACAAGGAAAUGUUCCUCCACCUCCUCCCUUAGUCAAGAACCAAGCAUCAAUUCCUCCUCCUCCACCCCCACCGCCAUUGAAUGGAACUAGUACAACAGCAUCAAUUCCACCACCUCCUCCCCUAAUUCAAGAAAAGGCAAUUUCACUUCAAGGAAAUAUUCCUCCACCUCCAUAUCAAGCGACUCCACCACCACCACCAAUCAUUGAAAGUGAUGGCAGCUUUGAUAAUGAGACGUCAUCAAACAUUCCACCUCCUCCACCAACCAUGAUCAAUGCAGGAUCUGUUCCACCUCCUCCACCUUUGAUUCAUAGCUCUGAAAACAGCGCUGGGCAUCCAACAACAAGACCCAACAGACCUGUUUCUGUUGUUGUGACUGAGGAAAAAAAGCCAGAGCUUCCAUCGAAACCUGCGGAUUUUCUUGCUGAAAUUAAAACCUUCGCGAGGGACUCGCUGAAAAAUUCUCCACCUCCAGACAUUACCAAGUUCACACCACAGGAAAAAGAAGGAUUCAAGAAGUACCUUAUGGAUAAGUUUUCCAAAGCAAGAUUGCAUGAAGUCUCUGAUUCUGAAUCUGAAUCGGAUGAUGAUUGGUAA